ACGAACAGACAGGAUGCACGAGGAGACAGUGGGGCUGAUAAAAGGAUAAAACAACCGAGAGACAUCAAGCUAGCACAGUGCAACGUCCGCGGGACAGACAUUAGCUCGUUACUAUUGUAGGAAUCUAAGAAAAACGGCCCCUGGAACGCAGAGCAAGUACAUCGGUAAUACAAAGGAGUAUAAACACAGACAGCAGCUCUGGUCAAACCAUACAACACGUACAGAUAUCUUAGAGUACAACCGCGAUCUUUUUUUUUUGUCCAACUUCUUCUCUCAACUCUGGCUGAUGUGGACUGAUUCAGAGCUGGGCCAUCAUGAUGCCAGUGAACUUUCUGGUCACUCAUUGGCUGACCAACUUAAUACCAGCAGCAUCAUGUCGGUGAACCCUCCGAGCAGCAAUGACGCCUGCCUCAGCAUCGUCCACAGCCUCAUGUGCCACCGGCAGGGCGGAGAGAACGAGGGCUUCGCUAAGCGGGCCAUCGAGAGCCUGGUGAAGAAGCUGAAGGAGAAGAAGGACGAGUUGGACUCACUCAUCACCGCCAUCACCACCAAUGGUGUCCAUCCCAGCAAGUGUGUCACCAUUCAGAGGACACUGGACGGACGGCUGCAGGUGGCAGGGAGGAAAGGUUUUCCUCACGUCAUUUAUGCACGGCUGUGGCGCUGGCCUGACCUCCACAAAAAUGAACUCAAGCAUGUCAAGUUCUGCCAAUACGCCUUUGACCUGAAGUACGACAAUGUAUGUGUCAACCCCUACCAUUAUGAGAGGGUGGUGUCACCGGGCAUCGUUGGUCUCAGCCUUCAAAAUACAGCAGCACCAGGCAGCCUGAUCAAAGAGGAAUACAUCCAUGACUGUAUACAGAUGGACCUCCCACCUGGCAUGCCUCUGUCUGAACACCAAGCGGCAAUGAAGCUUCCUCCUCCAGACCUCUAUGGGCAGCCCUUGCAUCCCCCGCAGCUGUCCUCUGAACCCCAUGGACCCCCACCUGUCACCAGAUACACUAACCUGCCGGUCUCACCCAAAGUGUCUGGCUCCGGCUCCAUGCUACCACUGCAGGGUGGUCACGGUGACAGCCGUCUCCAAACCGCAUCUCCACAGGCUCAGGUCAUGAGCUCGGCACCACGACCUCCGACCCCAACCCAACCCCCUCCUCAGCAACAGGCUGCCCAGCAACCCUCACAGUCCCCCCACCAAUCACAAUCCUCCCUACCUCCUUCUCACCCGCAUGGACAGAACGGUUACAGCAGCAAUAAACACUCUCAGAGCCAGGCUGCCUUCCACACAGUUUGGACAGGCAGCAGCACAGCCUCCUACACUCCCUUAGGACCCCAGCAGAACGGGCGUGGUCAUCAUCCAAACCACCAUUGGUCUCAGCAUCAUGGCUCAGCCUCUUUCCCUCCUUCAGUGUCCAACCAUCCAGGACCAGAGUUUUGGUGCUCUAUCUCCUACUUUGAAAUGGACGUUCAGGUGGGUGAGAUGUUCAAGGUGCCCUCCAGCUGCCCUAUAGUAACCGUGGACGGCUAUGUUGACCCGUCAGGAGGCGAUCGCUUCUGCCUCGGACAGCUGAGUAACGUCCACCGCACGGAUGCAAGUGAGAGAGCCAGGUUGCACAUAGGUAAAGGCGUGCAGCUUGAGUGUCGUGGUGAGGGCGAUGUGUGGAUGCGCUGUAUGAGCGACCAUGCUGUGUUUGUACAGAGCUACUACCUCGAUAGGGAGGCAGGCCGAGCACCAGGUGAUGCUGUGCACAAGAUCUACCCCGGAGCCUACAUCAAGGUGUUUGACCUGCGGCAGUGCCACAGACAGAUGCAGCAGCAGGCAGCGACGGCUCAGGCUGCAGCUGCUGCACAGGCAGCUGCCGUGGCAGGAAAUAUUCCCGGUCCAGGCAGCGUCGGAGGCAUUGCACCUGCAGUUAGUCUGUCUGCAGCAGCCGGGAUCGGGGUGGAUGACCUGAGGCGCCUGUGUAUCCUGCGGCUCAGCUUCGUGAAGGGCUGGGGGCCCGACUACCCCCGGCAGAGCAUCAAACACACGCCCUGCUGGGUGGAGGUCCACUUGCACCGCGCUCUGCAGCUUCUGGAUGAGGUGUUGCACACCAUGCCGUUGGCAGACCCAGGGCCUGCUAACUGAGGACCAUGACCAUGUUCAAAUUACAAUCUGGAUUCUAUGAAUGUGCACACACAGAAACACAUGUUGCCAAAUAUGCUAUCUAAUUGAUACUCAAAGCAAAUCAAAGGAAAACCUGGUGUUGAUGGUUUUUCCAAUGCUUUUCUCUAUAAUCUAAAGUCAAACACAGGGAGUUGGAGCUCUGAAGGUAAAGAUUCUGACCAACUUCUCUGUCCUAAAGACAUUUGUAUGCACUGUAGAAAUCCAGGGAUGUGUUUGAGAAAUCCAGUUCCCCUAUAUGCAAUCUGGAUUUCUUCUAAUAGUAGGAGUGUUCUGCACAUUCCUAUAUGGAAUAUACACACAGAUGUAUACAAUGUUAUCCAGGAGAGAAAAAAAACACAGAAAGAGAGCUGCAUACCUCUGGAAAUGCUGUCAGUAAAUUCACACUGAACACAAACAGCAUUACGGUUCUCUUUACAUCUUAUCAACAACAGAACUGAUGUAGAAGUAUGGAUUGAGGAAACCCGUAUUAUGUCAUCUCUGUGCUUGUGCUGCGCCCUUCACUGUAUGUUGUUCUAAACUGUUAGCAUUGAUCGCUGGUUAGCCCUCUUAUUAUUCUUAGCUCAAGCUAUAUUAUUUUUGUACCAAAAGACUUAAAAGCCAAAAACAUUUAGCUUUAAAGUAGUGUUGUUGUACUUUGUAAUGAAACAGUGCUACCCUGUAUGUAACCAAAUGGUUGGUGUAAAUCACCAAAGCCAAAAUACCUCAUAACUACAGUGCAAAGUCACAUUUAGUUUUAUGCCUAAAGCGCACACACUUUGUUCAUCACUGACAGGCUGAAGUCAAUCAAUGGAGCCCUCUGAUAGGAUUCUGACAUCAACACUCCCUAAGCUUUGUAUUUAUUUAGGUUUAAACUGUACCGUGCUGUGAUGUGCAGUAGCAGUACUAGAUAAGUUGACUGAUAUGUGAUACUGUGGAACCUUGGUUAUACCCUUCAGUGUUACAGCAGAAAGAAGUUGUAUGAUUGAUGGUGGAAAACAACCAUCAGCAGCUCCAGAGACAGAGACCUGAGUGCCGGUCUGAUCUCUGGUCCGACUGCUGAGCGGAUCAUCUCUAACAGUGUGUUCACUGCAGCAGUUUAUUUGAACUCUGGGUUGUUGUCUCCUGUACCUCCAGAGCCCUGUUCUUCAAAUGUGGCUCUACCAAUUCAGACUGUGAUUGCUGUUAUCAGGCUAAAAUAAUGCUGUCUGUUCGCAUUCCAACUCAUUCGGAUUGGAAGAAGUUUGAGGAUUGAUUUGUUGAUCCCAGAUGAAUUUAUAUUGAAUAAGUGCACUCUUAUUUUGAAAUAAAUGCUAAAUAAAUGAGUGUUUAUCAUAUAAUUGCAGGUACAUGAGGUAGGUGUGUUGCAUAGAUGUAAAACAGUGGAUGUGACAUUAGGUCAUAACUAAUGGAAUAACCGUCUGCUAUCUUACCUGGGUUAUUGUUGCAAUAGACACCAACAGGCAGCAACUGGUUGUCUGCUGUGCGGCACUAAAUUACUUUAUCAGAGGGACCAAAGAGACCAGGGAAGCUGGCAUCACUUUCCAGAUGCAAGUACAGAGUAGUUCGAAGUCAAGUUAUUGCUGAUUGCUAGCUCUCAACAGUAUUGAUCUGUUAGCUAAACGGAUAAGUUAUAAACCGCAGACAUUGCCUUAAAUUUAGCUACGCUAACAAAGCUCAAAAGUAACAUCUUGUAACGUUAAAGUUAAAAGAAAGUUAUUAAUAUUACACUAACAUUCAAGCACCUCAAUGCCAAUCAAGUGUAAAGAAAACAUAACAUGUUCAUGACAAAAGAGUGCUUUUAUUCACACCUAAAUCCCAUUUCUUAAUAUCUCAAGACUAACAUCAGCCAGCAUAUUUCGAGGCUGAGGGGUCGCACCUUAACAUUAUCUGUUGACCAAAAUUAGCUGCCUUGAAUCCUGCAAUCAAUCAUAUAUUAACAUCACUUCUAAUCAGAUUGUCCUUUCAGUAAACCAAAAAAUAUAUAUAAAAACUCCAGGUCUUGAACAGGUAAAGCAAUCCAGUCCGAAAAUAGGAGUUUUGUACUUCAGCAGUUUAAGUCAAGUUUGCAAUUUUGCAAAAUUCCUGCGAUUUUCUCUGCAUUAUCCUGAAAAGUUAAAGUCCAUAACCAUACCUUGUGAUGACAGUGAAGGACUUUUUGCAACAAGUCCCUCAGGGGUUCUACUGAAGGCUUUAGCUUUUCCCCAAAAAUGUAGUUUAUCAAGCUCUUCAACCUAUCUUCUCAUCAUCAAAACAAACGCUAGUUGACCAGGAAAAAAAUUCAAAACAGGAAGUGACUGAUGGUGAUGCCUGCCUAUAGCCCAUAGUACUGAAUCUAUUUAGCUACUCAAAGCGCCAAAAAUAUGCAUUAGAAAAACUCAACAGCAAACACUUUCCAGAAAUCAUUACCCGGUUAUUCAAGAUAUUCCACAGAAAGUGAAACUGCUUACAACAAGCUCUGUGAAUGAUCUUGAGUAACUUAAUGUAGUAAGUUAGCCAUUCAGAAUACAAACACAGCUCUUACGGAUAAAGUUUGGGCAAAAUUGAAAACAUAAAGUUGAUAUUGUUAGGAUAUAAUUCUACCAGAAUAUUUGGUUGUUGGUUCAUUCUAGACAGACACAGUUGUCGUUCGCUCAAUACUUUGAAUAAAAACUGUAUUGGUGUGUUGGUAGAAAAAUCCAAUAUAAAGACAAUCUAAGCCUGUUUCACCAUAGGUUCCAUUCACAGCAAGUUAUAAACUGGACCCAGGUAAGAUGGCCGCCAUAUUGUUCUUGGAAUUGCAAGUCAUUUGAACAUGUCGCUACUAUUUUAUAUCUAUGGUGUGUUGGGAACCCUCCCAGCAUGC